ACCGCACUCGCAUAUGCACGAGUAUGGCACCACGUCGACGCCAACGAACGUAUUCUUGGGAAACUCGCUGAGCGCAUUGCUCUUGUCUUGAUGGGAAAGCAUAAACCUAUCUAUGAUCCAGGAGUCGACUGUGGUGACUACGUUGUCGUCACCAACGCUCGUAAAAUCAAGGUAACAGGCAAGAAGCACGAACAAAUCGUCUACCGUCGCCAUACCAUGUUCCCUGGUGGACUGAAGGAGAUUCAGUACAAGGAUAUGAUGGCGAAGAAGCCGGAUGAAAUUAUCCGACAGGCAGUAUCAGGCAUGCUUCCUAAGAACCGGCUGAGAGACAGGCGAUUGGAGAGACUACGGAUAUUCGAGGGUGAAGACAUGGGCGUUCUCCAGAAUAAUAUAUUGAAACGGUGGGAAGACGGUACUCUGCGAGCUAUGUUUCGACCAAACAUACCGACGACGGCACAGGCAGCUGCGCCCCUACACUUGUAG